AUGAACGCACAACCAGUCGCUCGAGCAGCGGCCAACAAGCCAUCGGAGAUGAAUGGAAGAACGACACAGAAUGGUACACCGCGAGGGCCACAAGCAGUGUUGCAAGAGCAGGACGAUGAGACAGAUGAGAACAUAUUCCUUUUCGUGCCCAAUCUGAUCGGCUACUUCCGCAUCGUCCUUUGCAUAGCCUCGCUCUAUUUCAUGCCCCUCCACCCACGACGCUGCAGCUUCCUGUACAGCAUCUCCUGCCUCCUCGACGCCCUUGACGGCAUCGCAGCCCGGAAGUUCCAGCAGUCCACCAAGUUCGGAGCUGUGUUGGACAUGGUCACAGAUCGGUGUACCACGACCUGCCUCCUCGUCUUCCUCUCGACAGCAAAACCGGCAUACAGCAUGAUCUUCCAGGGCUUGAUCUCGCUGGACUUGGCGAGCCAUUACAUGCACAUGUACGCUACCCUGAGCAUGGGAGGAUCGACCGAGAGCCAUAAGAAUGUCAGCAAGGAGCGGAGCUGGAUCAUGAACAUGUACUACACGAACAAGUCCGUCCUCUUCACCUGCUGCGCCCUCAACGAACUCUUCUUCAUCGCCCUCUACCUCCUCUGCUUCAGCAGCCCGCUCAUCACACCCGCCCUCUUGCCCUCUGCAGGGCUGGCUGCACAAAACGGCACUACACCAGUGACACCACAUGCCCCCGCGCCGUCAUUGCUCUUCCCCAGCCCGUUCUCAGCAGGAGCUAUGGAAAUGGCACGAGCGAACAAGAUGGACUCUAUGGUUCCGUGGAUUCUGACAGUUGGGUCUUCCCCGGUCAUGGCGGUAAAGCAGUACAUCAAUGUGGUGCAGCUUGUUGCUGCCAGUAGAUGGCUCGCGGAGGGUGACAGGAGGGAUCGGAUGAAGGAACUAAGGAAGAAGAAGGCUACGUGA